GCAACGCAACAGCAAUAGCAGCAACAUAAGCGCAACCAGCAACAUUAGUUGGCGCAGCGGCAACAUCGGCGGCAGCAACAACAAACACAUCAAAAGCGGUUUGAAAACUUGCGCAUUUGUUGUUGCUCCCCGUGAAAGUCUGUGCGCGUGUGUGUGUGAGCGCGGCCAUUGCUGCUGCAAUGUAACAUUUAUUGCAUGCGAUAUUCGGCCAGAGAGCAGAGUGCAACGCGCCAUGUUAGCUGACAGCUGUUGCCGUUCGAACCUGUUGGCAGCGGCUCGAGCUGUUACGCAGGGCGCGCUGUUAAACGACUGUAACGUCCAACUUUAAAAAUGUUAACUGCUUGAAUCUCAGCAAGAGAAACGCUACAAUAUCAGUUUUUUCAGAGUCUGUGAUAUUUUCAAUAUAUUUUUGGAAAUUCUUUAUUUAUCCAAAAUAUAUUAAUACUUAUAAAUAUGAUUGCAAAUAUGUAGUAAAAACUUAAAAAAAAACGUUUGUAAAAAAUUAAUUUUUUUCAAUUUAUUAACUCACAUUACAUUUAUUUGGACAUGCCCUUCUUAAAGUUGUAACAACGAAUCCAAUUCAUCACUUAAUUGAAGAUUAAUUGCAUAUUGUACAUAUUUGACGCCUUUCUGCGUCCCUAAUUAAUUCUUCAUAAUAAGUUUAUCCAACUAAUUACGUCGCUUUAUUGAAUUAACCAACCGAGGUUACUUUGCCGCCUGUCUUUCCAAUAACUUUUAUUAACUCACAAGCCCUUCGAGAUGUCGUUGCUUAGAAUCCUUUUGAUAAUCAUAAUCUUGAGGAUAGUUUUGUCCAUUCCUGACACAAUCAUUGCACAAUUAAGUGCUGAACUUAAAAUAAAAAGCCAAAUUUACAUCGGCUUUGGAAAGGAAUCUCUUGAUUUUCCAAGUUCAGAUGACAAUUACCCGAAAUUGGUCAUUUUUAAAAAUAUAAGUGAAGAGUUUAAGAACUAUCACGACGAACCUGUGCUUCUUAUAAUACGACUUGAAAAGGAUUUUGAUUGGAAUUUGGCCACUUUGGAUGUACUAAGAUCAUAUCUCACGGAUAGACAAUACAAUGAUAUUUUACUGAUAGAUGAAGAUAAAGAAAAUACAAACAGCUAUUUGGAUAUAUGUAAAGCUUACUGGAAUGCAGGCUUUUCACACUUGCUAAUCUAUAACUCGCGUAACGAACUUUGGUCAAUAAAACCCUAUCCUUACUUGCAGAUAAGGCCUACAAACUUAAGAGAGUAUAUAAAGAACAGGAAUAACCGCAACUUGAUGGGUUAUCCAAUGCGAGUUUUAGUGACCAACGAUCCGCCUCAUUGCUUUGUGGAUGAAGACGAACUACCGAAUUCUCCGAAUCGUUAUAAGGGCAGUAUAGCCACCAUGUUAAAGAUAUUUGCCGAUCAGCUUAAUGCAACUUUUCAAGCGAAUCCUUUUCCUCAAUUUCAACGCUAUUCCACGGGCGAAUGUUUGCAGAUGGUCAGAAAUGAUGAAGUCGAUGCCUGUGGCAGUAUAUUCAUAAGAACUUACGAGUAUGCCACCAGUCAACCAGUUCGCUUAAAUCGAGUGGUUAUAAUGGCGCCAUUUGGCAACCCCAUCGAGAAGUUCUACUAUUUCUUCAGGCCCUUUGACAUGUACGUCUGGAUCGGUACUGGCAUUAUCGUGGUCUAUAUCGCUGUAAUGGGUUCCUUGCUCCAUCGCCUGCACUUCAAGGAAUGGGAUGUGGGUCAGUACCUCCUGCUGGCCGUACAAACUCUGCUGAACCGGGAGCUAUCUUUGCCGCAGUCUUCGCGUGGCUCCAAAUUGAUGUUACUGCUCCUGUUAUUUGGCAUUGGAUUUAUUCUGUGCAAUUUAUAUGUAGCACUGCUGUCCAUGAUGCUGACCACAAAACUGUACCAGAGACCCAUUGAAAACUUGGCCGACUUGAAGGCGGCCAAUGUGAGCAUACUACUCCAGAAGCACAAUAUCAAACCUAAUUCGGUUUACGGAAGCUCGGAGGAGUUAAGGGAGAGAUUCCAGCUGGUCGAGGAAUCCCUACACUUGGAGAAGAGAAAUAACUUGGAUCCAAGUUACGCAUACGUGGACUCGGAAGACAGGAUGGAUUUCUACCUAUACCAACAGAAAUUCCUUCGAAGGCGCAGGAUGAAGAAGUUGCCCAAUCCCGUGGGUUACACCUGGGCCGUUCAGGUCAUUAAGCAAAACUGGGUCCUGGAAAAACACUACAAUGAUCAUGUCCAACGCUUGUUUGAGACCGGAUUGCAAAAUAAACUGGUGGAUGAUGUCCACGAGUUGGCCGUAAAGGCUGGCUUCCUGCACUUCUUUCCCACCCAACCGCAAGCCAUCGAACCACUGCGACUGGAGGACAUAGUGAUGGCUGCCAUGGUCUUGGGCGGCGGACACGCCCUCGCCGGGAUCUGUUUCCUGGUCGAGCUGUUCGCCUAAUGGGCUUACACUCAGUCUCAAUCACAAUCACGGGAAUGGCAAUAGUUCCGGAUGACCAUAAAAACGGUUAACACCCACGCAAUAAAGCGGAACUACCCCUAAGUGUAUCACAAUUUAAAGCGAUUAGGGUCACAAUAAAGCAACAGAAUGAGGACCCGCAUGCGACAUCCGUUGCCAGGACACUCGAAGAAAUGUCAAGUAUAUUUUUGAAUAGCAUUUGCAUUCUUUAAUAUGUUAAGAAGAUUACAUUACCCCCAUAAAAAAGUAUUUUACUAGUUAGAAACGUUGAAGAGAGUAUUUAAGAAGAUUACAUUGCUUGUAUGAUAAAAUAUUAUAUCAAUCAGAAACCUUGAAUAAAAUAUUAUAAAACAUCUUAGCUUCUUAACUAACUUCUUGGUCCCUAAGCCGUUCAGCAUUUAAAACUGGCGUUUUUCUCAGUGCACAA